AUGGCCGAAUCAGUGAUCCCACUGAAAUGCACGUGCAACAACUAUCCCUGGGGCAAGAAGGGCAAGGAGUCAUUGGCAGCGCGCCUUUGCUCCAGGACAAACCCGGAUUUCCAGAUUGACGACUCGAAGGAGUAUUCGGAAAUGUGGUUCGGGACAUACCCCGAACUCCCCUCCUACUCCCUCAAAACGGGCCAAGACUUGCAGCAGAUCCUGAACGAGCACAAAGACGCUCUGAUCGGCAAGAAGGUCUGCGACAAGUUCGGUGCCGACCUACCGUUUCUGCCCAAGAUUCUGUCCAUCGCAAAGGCCCUUCCCCUGCAGAUCCAUCCAGACAAACGCCUCUCAGAGAAACUACACAAGGAAGACCCCGACAAAUUUUCAGAUCCGAACCACAAGCCCGAGAUCGCUGUUGCGUUGUCCAAAUUCGAGGCAUUUGUCGGCUUCAAACCCCACGCCGAGGUCCAGGAACUGAUGCAGCUGGAGGCGUUGGCGCGGUUCUUGCCCACCCGGGCGGAUGGGGUCGACGUGAGUGACGACGAGCUACUGCGGCAGAUCACCACCAAUAUGCUCAAGGCGGACGAGGAGACGGUUGAGUCGACGAUGAAGGAACUGCAGGCCACGUCCAAGGGCGAGCUGGGGAGACACGCGUAUAUCCUCGAUCUGGCACCUAGAUUGCAGGACCAGUACGGCGUCACGGACAAUGGCAACCUCGUCGCACUGGUGUGCAUGAAUUACCUUGUCCUUGACGCCGGUGCAGCGAUCUACAUUCCCGCCGAUGGUAUUCACGCGUACCUCUCCGGCGACAUUGUCGAGUGCAUGGCACGGUCCAACAACGUAAUCAACACGGGAUUUUGUCCGCGGGCGGACCGCGACUCGGUCGACUUGUUCGCCAGGUCGUUGACAUUCAAGCAGCACGAUCCGAACGAACCGAUCCUGGACAGGAGACGGAGCGAGAAGAGCGGGAAUGGCAAGACCGUCGAGUUUAACCCGCCGAUGAGUGAGUUCAACAUGCUCGUUACGGAGCUGUCCGGUGGGGAGCGAGAGAAGAACAAGCCGAUCGACGGCCCGAGUACCUUGAUUGUGACGAGCGGAAGUGGGAAGUUAAAUGCCGGCGGCCAGGAGUAUGAUCUCCAGGAGGGGAGUAUUUUCUUCGUGGGCCAGGGGGUCGAAGUCGACUAUUCUGCGGGCGACAAGCUGGCUGUGUACCGAGCCAUCUUUCGCAUCCCAGCGCCGCCUCGACGGCGGAAAAGGAAAAGUACAGAAGAAACGAUCCAGGCCCGCCUCAGACACUAUGAAAUUCUCCUGCGCGAGCAGGGCAUCGACCCAGCUUCUCCAACGCAUGCUCCUAGUAAGACCGAGACGACUUCCACCCCGGAAGACGGUGAUCAGUGUGAUACAGUGGUCUCCAAACCCAAGGAACCGGUCAAUUGGGCACCGGGUUCCGCGGAAGGAAAGUUGAUUGUCGACCAGGGGAGAUCUCGCUUCAUCGAAAACAAGUUAUGGGUGACUGUCAGCGAAGAGCUCCAUCACAGCAAAGAUGCAAUCCCCGACAGCGAGACAGAGGAUGAGCUGGAGACGCCGGCCGAAGAUGGCGCCGACUUCGUGCUGGGAAUGACCUCCUCGCCGAACCAGACGGUCAACUUGCACCCCAGCACCGACCAUAUUCUGAGGUUAUGGCAGCUCUUCCUCACUAACGUCAACCCACUAGUGAAGAUCAUCCAUCAGCCCAGCAUGCAGCGCGUCAUCGAGGACGCGACGAGUGACCUAGGACACAUCCCCCGGGGGCUUGAAGCGCUCAUGUUCUCUAUCUAUGCUGCCGCUAUCCAUUCCAUGCGGGAUGGUGAGUGUCUAGCAACGUUUGGCGAAGCUCGGUCAACUUUACAAUCUAGAUAUCGUCUGGGUGUGCGGCGCUCAUUGACAAGAGCUCAUUUCAUGGGUUCCUCGGACAUUCUUGUCCUGCAAGCAUUGGUGAUAUAUCUCCUCGCCGUGCGGCAAGAACUCGACGCCCGGACAUUGUGGACAUUGGCCGGUGUCUCCAGCCGCAUGGCCCAAGGAAUGGGCGUCCAUCGCGAUGGUGCUGUCCUUGGCCUCCCGCCUUUUGAGACGGAGAUGCGCCGCCGCUUAUGGUGGCAAAUCAACCUGCUGGACUUCAAGGCCGCCGAGCUGAGCGGCUUCGGCGGCUUCAACUCGAUGCGCUGGUGGAACACAAAGACGCCCUCGAACGUUAACGACGCAGACAUGUGGCCCGGCAUGCAGGAACCUCCUGUCGAGCAUGUCCGGCCCACAGAGAUGGUCAUCUGCCUGCUGCAUUACGAGAUGGGCGGGUUCUGGAGGAAGAAGCUGACCCAAGCCGGGAUCGCCGAGGAAGAUCUGUCCCGAGCCAUGACCCACUGGGUGACGACCAAGACGGUGGCCGAAAAAGACGUCUUUGUCGACGAAUUCCAGGCCAAUCUCGAAGAGAGAAUCCUGCGAUAUUGCGACCCGUCUGUCCCGCUGGAGAUGAUGGCCCUGAUCAUCGGCCGCAUGAUGUGUAAGAGCGUUCGAUUCAUGGCGCACCAUCCCCGCCGCUAUGUCAGCGAGAAGGACAUCCCGGAGAGUGAGCGCCACUUUCUCUGGGCGACGAGCAUGGCGAUCAUCGAAGGCGAUAACCUCGCACACUCGCACCGCUCGCUGCAGCGCUUCCAAUGGCACAUCGACCACGGCUUUCAAUGGCAUGCCUUUAUCUAUGUGCUGGGCGAACUGGCGGCCCGCCCGGUCGGGGAGGGGAAGGACGAAUCAUGGGCCCAGAUCGAGGACGUCCACAAGAAUCAUCCCAACUUCAUUUCCGACCGUCGAAAACCGCUCCAUCUCGCCAUCGGGAACCUGUGUCUCAAGGCGUGGCGUGCGCGCGAGAAAGCCCAGGCCGAAAGUCCCUCCGGCGGGACUUUGGCGAGGCUGAACCCUCCGCAGUUCAUCAUCCAGCUGCGGAAGCAGUGGGAAGCCAAGGCCAUGAAUUCCACCAAGUUGUCACAGCCAGGACCGUCCCAGUUCAAUCUUGUCCCUCAGGCCAAGGACAUGAAGCUGAAUGAGGCGCCCAACCAGUCACAGCCACGAUCGCAAUCGCAAUCGCAAUCGCGGCCGCAAUCAGAAUCGCAAUCACAAUCGCCACUGCAGUCACAUGCCGCGCAGCAACAACAACAGCAGCAGCAGCAGAGCCUGGCUACCUCACACCAGCAGCAACCGCAUCUCACCAACUCGGGCUCCGCCGCGUUCACAGGCACAAGCACGGGCUCCACGUUCCCCACCACGACAUAUUCGCCCAAUGACUUCUCCGUCAUGGAUGACCUGGCCAUGGACAUGGACUGGCAACGAUGGGACACGCUGCUCAACGACUUUGAGAUGCCCGUCCCCGCGGCCGGGCAGCCGUCGGCCGAGGCGAUGAACCCGGCGCAAUUGCAGUUCCUAGGCCAGUAUGGGCAGCAGGGGUACUCGUGGCCUUUGCCUGCUUACCGGGCGCAGUGA